CCGCUAGGGGUAGCGGCGGCAGCGGCGGCGGCCUGAGGACGCGGCUGCUUUGAGGGCUCGGGAACCCCACAGAGUGGGGACGUGGGGAGGCGAGAGGGUGAGAAAGCUGGCGGGAGAGGAGGGCGGCGCCGGAGGAGGGCGGCGCUUGGCUGACUCAUCCCUCUGGAAGAUCGGACUGACAGGCUCAUACACUCGCCGAUCCCGCCCGCCCGCGCCGCUCCUCCUCAGCCGGGAGGCGCCCGCCCGCACCGCCCGCACCACCCCGCCCGCCCUCUCCGGGAGCUCUCGGAGCCCGGCCGGCUCAGAAAGUUUUUCUCGUCGGAGGGGCCGGAACCGUCGCGGGCCUUUUGGAAGGGAAGGGGGACGGAAGAGGAGGCGACAGCCGCGCGGGCCCGCGGAGUGCAUGGUGCUCGGCGCCUCGGCUGCCGGUCAGGAGGACCUCGGGGCGGGGUCGGGCUGAGCCCAGCUGCUUCUGCCCUCAGCCUCGCCAGAAGCCGCCCGCGCAGACUGCCGCGGGGGUCCCCGCUCCUCAGCUCGCCAUGUCCCGGCUGCUGCCGCUGCUGAGCAGCCGGACCGCGCGCAGCCUGAGGCCGGGCCCGGCCGCCGCUGCCGCCGCGCCCCACCCGCCGCCCUGGUGCUGCUGCGGGCGGGGGCUGCUGGCGCUCGCGGGCCCCGCCGGCCCCCGGGGGCUGGGCACACACCCCAAGAAGGAGCCCAUGGAGGCGCUCAACACGCCGCAGGGCGCGCGCGACUUCAUCUACAGCCUGCACUCCACCGAAAGGAGCUGCCUGCUCAAGGAGCUGCACCGCUUCGAGUCCAUUGCCAUCGCCCAAGAAAAAUUGGAAGCUCUACCACCUACCCAAGGACAGCUGAGAUAUGUAUUCAUCCACAAUGCGAUACCUUUCAUAGGGUUUGGCUUUUUGGAUAAUGCAAUUAUGAUUGUUGCAGGAACCCAUAUUGAGAUGUCUAUUGGAAUUAUUUUGGGGAUUUCAACUAUGGCAGCUGCCGCCUUGGGAAACCUUGUGUCAGAUUUAGCUGGACUUGGACUUGCAGGCUAUGUUGAAGCUUUGGCUUCCAGGUUAGGCCUGUCAAUUCCUGAUCUCACACCAAAGCAAGUUGAUAUGUGGCAAACACGUGUUAGUACACAUUUGGGCAAAGCUGUUGGGGUAACAAUUGGCUGCAUUCUAGGAAUGUUUCCUUUGAUUUUCCUUGGAGGAGGUGAAGAAGAUGAAAAACUGGAAAAGAAAAAUUAAUCUUAGAAUACCUAUAAAAAGAUGUAAACUAAUGUACCUCAGUUAUUAAAAUAUGCUGUCACAACAUUUAGGAAUUAAGAGAGUAACAAUUUAUAGAUAUGGGAUCAAAUAAUUUAGCAUGUAUUAUGGAAAACACUAACUUAUUGUGGCUUGAUCUUCUUAGAACAUCUUUUUAAAAUAAAUGUUUAGUAUUAUUUUGUGUAAAUUGUUGAAAUGCUUUUUCAUCAAUGGCAGUCAACAUUUUAUUUUUUCUUUCUCUUUAUAUAUCUAUAUUAUUUAAGUAUUGGUCAUUGAUGUACUGUAUUGACUUGGGGUUUGCUUAUUUGUUACUUAAUAUGUGUACAUGCAUGAAAGCAUUUUUUUGUUCUUGUUGUUCCCUGAUGAUUACAAUUCAACCUUGAGAGUUUUCGAAAUUCCUUAAGAUGUUUAAUAUCAGUUAAAGAUUUUUUUACGCCCUUUUUGACAACAUCAAUUUUGUACUGUUUCACAGUAAACAUUUACAAUCUCAUAAUUUCAGUCAUAUUCUUAAUUCUCACAUCUAUUCAAAAUGGAUGCAGAUGCAGAUUUUAAGUAUUUGUUACUCAAUUUUCUGACUUUACUGUCUUAAGAGCCAGAGGUUAAUCAGAAAGAGCAAUUAUGUGGUCUCCCUACUACAUAAAACCAUAUAUAACAAGUGUACUUAUUUCUAGUUGAUUUUUUUACCUUUAAUUUCCCAAUUUUGAAUACUUAUAUGGUUGCUUCUGACCCCUGAGGGGAAGAAGAUGAUUAUUUUAGAAUCUUUUAAAUGGGGAUUGUGGAAUUAUGGUGAACUAAGGGAUUUGACAUGACACUUGGAAAUUAAGAGGCUAAAACUUUUUUUUUUUAGAGAAGUAGCGAAUGGGACCUGUUAAGAAGGUUUAUGGUAUAAGUGGUGAAGUUGAAGUGAUGUAGGUUAAUGAAAUACAAAUUAUAGUGUUUGAGAAGGAUUUUUUUCCUCCAGAGUGUCAUCUUCACAUCUAAAAACAUCUGAAUGGAAUGAGUUUGAAUAUUUCAUACUCAUAAUCCUAAUCUCUUUAUAUUUUGCUUAGUGAAUUUUAUUUCUGAAUAAUUUCUUUUGAAGGGAAAAUAUGUAAUAUUUUACUUUUUUGCUACAUAGUCUAAAGUUACAUGAAGGGAAAUCUUUUCUUCCUUUUGUGAUCUUUUUUCUUCUUUUGUGGUGGUCAAAGCAUAUUCUAGGUUGAAGUUACUUAUUUCUAAUCUUGUAUGUCUGACUUAAAUAUAACCAUAUAUGGAUUAUAAAUUUUGGUUUUCUGAACCCUUAAAGUUUUUUAGUGUGUGGUCUGUUACACUUGCUAAAAAAUGACUCUUACUUGUAACAGAGUAAUAAAACAUAUCUUAAAGGAGAGAAACUGAAAUUAAAAUUAAAUAAUAUUUUGGCUAUUUGAAAUUAUUUAUGUUGCUAAAUAUAUGCAAAAGAAGACAAGCUUACAGGAUGGCUGUAUUUAUAGUAAUUUUAUUUUGAAGUUUUAUUUGCACAUAAUUACUUUACAUUCUUAUUUGCAGAGAAGAUAUUUUUUUCCACAAAGCAGUUUAUUAUAACUUCUCUUUUAUGCACUUCAUAAUUAUUAAGUGCUAUCCUUUAAUCAUAGAUUUUGAAAGAAGAAAGUACAUUCUACAAUACAAAAAUAAAGAUAUAGCAAUCUUAUUAUACACAAAUAAUAUAACAUUCUUGUUGGAUCAAAUUAGAAUUAUAUAACUUAAUAUCUCAAACAGAAUUUUUGGUUUGUAUCUUCCAUAUAAUACCACACACAGACACCAAAUGAUUUUUUUUUUUAAAUUUCAGAUUGAUGGGAUUAGAGUGCUUUUUUUUUCUUUCUUUCUUUUUUUGGUAAUGUGUAAGUGCUUUUUUCCCUAGCUUGUAUAAUGAUGGUAGUCCUUUCUCUUUUCUAAAAAAAUAUUUUAUUGUGGUGCUUAACUUUUCUUAUUAAUUAAAUCCCAUAUCAGAAACCUUGCCUGUGAGUUUAGAAAGGGCUUUUGAUCAUUGUUUUUCUUAUUUUACUCUUGAAAAUAAUCUAAUCCUUGGGAAUUGUCAGUUUAAUUGAACAUCUGCAGAAUUAUUUUUAAGGUGUCAAAACGUGGAAUAUAUAACCUUCACAUUGAAAGGUAUUUCAUUUAUGGACACAAUAAAAAUUUGAAUCAUUCAGGUAAUUAAUUUUCAGAAUGGAGCCUGCUUGUGCUUAACUGAAGGUAUAUAUUUUUCCAACAUCUCGUUCUACACUAGUUUGGGCCUUUGCAAAAAGUGAUUUCUGAAGAAUGGUUCCCCAUAAGAUAAAAACUUCAUAUGAUCGUUGUUUCAUAUUACUUGCCUCCAAGAACUUUAUUUCAGGUUGAAACUGGAACUGUUUGUUUCUCAUAUUGGCUAUUUCUCUAUAGAACUAUAGUUAAAUGCAACAUGAACUACUUUAGUAGUGUUUGUUUGAAAUUUGUGUUGUCCAUGUAUUAUGAUUUAUUGACUUGUUGAUGCAUGUAAAUUGGGUGCAUUUUGUUGCCACUGUAUGUUAAAUGGUGACCAAUGUUUUUACAAAGGAAUUGAACAAAAAAAUAUCUUUUAAGAAA